CAUUACCAUGGUGACUACAGGAAGAAAGACGUUAGCUAGUAGUGAGUGUAUGGCUGCUAUUCAGUAGAGCUAUAAUUAGUGAAAUAAACACCAACGUCACAGGCAAGCACCAUGAAGCUUUUUAGUAUUGGUCUGUUCUACAAAGAAGGAACCAAAACCAACCUGUUGAAAGCUGCUUAUGAGUUGUCAUCAUUUAGUUUCUUUCAAAGAUCAAGUGUACAAGAGUUUAUGGCCUUCACUUGUUCUCUAAUUGUUGAGCGCUCUGCGUGUGGCAGUCGGUCUUCAGUCAAAGAAAAAGAGUACAUGUGUCAUGCCUACGUGCGGGAUGACGGCCUCAGCACUGUGGUGGUCGCUGAUAGCGAGUAUCCACAGAGGGUUGCCUUCUCACUUAUAGACAAGGUGCUGGAUGAGUUCACCUGUCAAGUAGACUCCUCGAGGUGGACCACAGGUUCUCCAGAUACAAUUCGUUACACUGGACUGGAUUCUUACCUUGCUAAAUACCAGAAUCCAAAAGAAGCUGAUGCACUUACAAAAGUACAGGCUGAGGUUGAAGAGACCAAAGUCAUUUUGCACAACACCAUGGAGUCCCUGCUGCAGAGGGGUGAGAAGCUGGAUGAUCUGGUGCAGAGGUCUGAGCAUUUGGGAGACACGUCCAAAGCCUUCUACAAGACUGCACGCAAGCACAAUUCCUGCUGCAAAAUGAUGUGAGCCCACUGCCUCCCUAAACGGACCCUUCUCCUGCUCUUACCUCUUUCCUUCUCCUUUGACAACUCCUCUCGGCCUCAACUUACCAGCCACCAGCUGCCAAUCAAGAAGACCGUCGCCUGACAUUGCCUCAGCCAGUCAGUGUUUUUCUAAAUCGGGCUUAUGUGAGGUGAUGGGCUGUAGGAGAGUGGGCUGCCACACAGGGCAAGACUAUGGGAUUUCCUCAGUGUUACACUUUUUAAAAGUUAUGUGUUGGAGAUGAAAGAAUGAAAGGUCUGGACUGCUACUGCUAUGGUUGGUCUUCUCUUAUACGUGUUAGAGCAGAAGGGGCGGGUGAUUCUUGGGAUUAACUGGAAAACAAGUCCAAAUCGACUUGUCUGUAUCGUAUGUUUUAUCUGAAUAGUUUUGAAAGUCAGACUCAAUCCUGGGUCCUCAUGGGCACGGGAGGCGUGUGGGGUGCAGGAUGCAACACCUGCCCAACACUAAGCAGGUAACAUUUUUUUGAUCUGAUCAAAAGCUAUAACAGGAUUUGCACCCAGUAGCCUAAAAUGUUUUUUUGCAAACACCAUGAUCCUACAAACUUAAAAAUGACCUUGCUGUCCACCCUUCUGUGGGUGGAGUUGAUCAAACCAUGGCCUAAUUGAAUGUGAAUGGCCGUGGACUACACUCCCUUCACUGAGGUCUUUGAUACUUCUAGUCUUGGUAAGGAUUUACUAUUGCCUGUCUCUUCCAGACAUCUCAAGUGGCUUAUUUCUGGUGACCUAUGUGAUGGUGUGAUACAUUUGCAAUACUAACCAAUAUCUGUGAAUUGGUUUUUGGUUUUAAUAGUCCUCUUUAAGUUCCAGUAAUGACAUUUAAUAAUGGUUUACCUUUCAGUUGUCUGUUGUAGCCUAUACACUAUUGUUCAGGUAUAACGGAUUUGUGUGUGUGUGUGUUUGCGUGUGUGCGUGUGUACCCUGUGAUGUUUCUACACGUUUUUUUCCAGUGUUCUUUGGGCACAAUGCUGUUACAUGAUAUAGACAAGAUGUCUGUCACAUCGUAGUUUGAUGAAUGAAGUGUAGUGGUUGUGCUUGUAGAGGUAUGUUCAUCAGGCCUUGGUCUCGUUUGAUUGUGUAAUAUCUACACUUUCCCAGGACAGACUCAACCUGGAAUUCAGCAAUUCAAUGUUCAGAGCAAAGGUGACACAAUGUUCAAUGAAUCAGUGUCCACCGUUAGUUUUAGCAAACAUGCACCCACAGACAAUUGCCUGUCGUCGGUCCUUUGAGCUGUGAUGGUUCUCUGUGGCAAAUGGGUACUCAACUGUGCCUUAAGGAAAUACAAUCCAUUCAAAUGGCUGCAGCCAGAAUCACUGAGCCUGUAAUGCUGAGAUAUUGUAUCAGAUGUUACUACAUUAACUUCCUGACAUGAAAUGAUCUGUAAUUAUUAUAUAUUAUUAUGGCGCAUGGCUCAUUAAUUAAAUGAAUUGCUCAUAUGAGAUAUGUGUGGUAGCUGGCUAAAUACUGGAUACAUUACAAUUCUUUUUUACUGCACAACUGCCCAAAUGAGCAAACUCCCCUCUUUAUCCCUUGGAGACUGUUAGGAGAAAAGAAACAAACCAACUUAAGACACUACAUUCCAGCACUGGUUGUGUAAAGAAGCUUUUAUAAUAGGUCAUAAAUGUCAACUAUUAUCUAUGCUUUUCCUAUGCUGACUCUGAUGACUGUUUAAGUAUUGUGUUCCUUUGCCUCCAUGCCUAUAAUAAAUGGGAAUUCAAGUCUCUUUUCAUCUGUA